AUGGCGCCUGGACCAACAACCGAGGAACCCAGCAAUCAUCAUGGCCUGGGGAGCAAGCUCAAGCUUCCGUUUCGCGAGCUCAGAGACAGACUCAACCAUAACAACCACUUGAACAACGCAAAGGUUCAUUUGGUUCACCAAAAACACAAGAUCGGCAAGUUUGCCAACCUGUUCAACCCCGAGCAUCGCCAUGAUGAAGAACACGAAAAAGCUUGUGACGAGAAGCGCACCAAGAUUGGCGAGUCCCAUCGCUUUGAGUCCUACUUCCCCGAACGCGACGGGAACAUGGUGAAGUGGUAUGUUGACGGUAGGGACUAUUUUUGGGCAGUAUCAGCCGCCCUCGAAAAUGCCAAAGAAACAAUUUACAUUGCCGAUUGGUGGCUGUCCCCCGAACUGUUCCUCCGCCGCCCUCCGUAUUUCAACCAGGAAUGGCGUCUCGACCAGGUCCUCAAACGCCGGGCAGAGGCUGGCGUUAAGAUCUACAUCGCCAUCUACCGUGAAGUCGAGGCCGCCCUCACCUGCAACUCAGAGCAUACCAAGCAUGCCCUCCAAGCCUUGUGCCCGGAAGGUUCACCCGGCUACGGCAACAUCAAGGUCAUGCGCCACCCGGACCACAACGUUUUUGAGAACGCUGCCGAUAUGACCUUCUACUGGGCCCACCAUGAGAAAUUCGUCGUCAUCGACUACGAGAUGGCGUUCAUCGGCGGACUUGACCUCUGCUUCGGUCGGUGGGACGACCACCAGCACGCCCUGUCCGACAUGCACCCCGAGGGCGUGACCAACGAGGUGUGGCCGGGUCAGGACUUCAACAAUAACCGGAUCAUGGACUUUCAAAACGUCCAGGACUGGAAGGCUAACGAGCUGAGCAAAGAGGAUUCGGGCCGCAUGCCUUGGCACGACGUAGCCAUGGGUGUGAUCGGACCCUGUGUCUACGAUAUUGCCGAGCACUUUGUACUACGGUGGAACUUUGUCAAGCGCGACAAGUACAAACGGGAUAAGCGGUUCGAGUGGCUCGAACUGAGGGGCCGCCAGGGGGACGACGAGGAUCUGGUCGGUGUUCAGCGUCCAACUCAUCCCGUUGGUGGAUAUGAACUUCAUCCGCUGUCUCCCCUCCACACCAAGCGUCUGGACGACCGUGGGAGCGUUCAUGCUCAGGUUGUCCGUUCUAGUGCCGACUGGUCCAGCGGCAUUUUCACCGAGCACUCCAUCCAGAACGCCUACAGCGAAAUUAUUCGCAAGGCGGAGCAUUACGUCUACAUCGAGAACCAGUUCUUCAUCACUGCCACCGGGGACCAGCAGGCACCCAUCAGAAACACCAUCGGCAGCGCCAUGGUGGAUGCCGUCCUGCGGGCCGCAAAGGAAGGCCGCAAGUUCCGCAUCAUUGUUCUCAUUCCUGCCGUCCCAGGGUUUGCUGGCGACCUCCGAGAGGACGGGGCCAUCGGUACACGAGCAAUCAUGGACUACCAAUACAAGUCGAUAUGCAGAGGCGAGCACAGCAUCUUUGGCAAAAUCCAAAAAGAGGGCGUCGAUCCAACCAAAUACAUCUUCUUCUUCAACCUCCGCAGCUACGACCGCCUCAACCGGACCUCCAAAGUCCAAAAGCAAGAACAAGAGUCGGGAGUCAAGUACCGCGACGUCCAGCGCGCCCACGCCGAGGAAGUGAUGGGCGAGGGAAUCCACGGUACCAUCGACGCGCAGGGCGGGCGCGACUCGCACAUGGGCAAGCGGCACGAACAAGGCGGCCAACGCGGGACCGUCAACGGCGAGCUCAAGGACAACCUCGACGAGGAGCACAGACCAGACGACGUGGUGCGCGACAUGGACGCCCGGCGCAAGUUCGAAGCCGCCGCCGCCGCCGCCACCAAUGGAGACAGCACGUCCUCACAACAAAACAACCGCGACGCGACGGUCGCCAGCCACGCCAUGGCCGGCCAGGGCCCGCUGUCCGACGUGCCUUGGGACGGCGAGGACGAGGACGAGGUCAACCACUGGAUCCAGGAGGAGCUGUACAUCCACGCCAAGCUGCUCAUCGUCGACGACCGCGUCGUCGUCUGCGGCUCCAGCAACCUCAACGACCGCAGCCAGCUGGGCUACCACGACAGCGAGCUGAGCAUCGUCAUGGAGGACACGCGCCGCUUCGAGACCACGAUGGAUGGGCGCCCGUUUGAGGCCGGGUGGCAUGCCGCGACGCUGCGCAGGUAUCUCUGGCGGGAGCAUCUGGGGUUGCUGCCGCCGCAGAGCUUGGAUGCGGGGGGGGACCCGAAUGCGCAGCCGCCGGGGGAUGACUCGCCGAAUGAUGUGUGGGAUCGGGAUGAGUCGUGGAAGUUUGUGGAGGACCCAUUGAGUGAUGAGGUGUGGGAUAUGUGGACUGGGAGGGCGACGAAGAAUACGGAGGUGUUUCGGCAGCUGUUCCAUGCUGACCCAGACGAUCAUGUCAAAACGUUUGACGACUACAACGGCUUCCUGCCGGCCAAGGGCGUCAAGGCGGGCCAUAUCUUCGACCGCAUGAUCCCGCCGCAGGAGGUGAGACAGAAGCUGGAGAAGAUCAAGGGUCACCUGGUUUGGAUGCCGUUGGAGUUCCUCCGGGAUGCCGAGAUGGCGGAGAAGGGGCUGCAGGUGAAUCAGUGGACCGAGAGCGUCUACACUUAG